AUGACUUUCAACCUGAUCCAUCUGCAUCCUCCCAUCCCUAUUCGCAGCGGAUAUGCAAUCCGUAGCCUCCGAAUGCCAUCACCGAUCCCCAGCAUCCGGCUCCGAACCAGGCCCUCCGAACCACUCGCAGAGAAAGAACCCAUUGCCAUCGUCGGCAGUGGAUGUCGGUUUCCCGGUGAAAGUAGCUCACCCUCGAAGCUCUGGGACUUGCUGCAAGCCCCUCGCGAUGUGCAGUCCGAAAUUCCUCCCACCCGCUUUAAUCCUCAUGCUUUUUACCACCCCGACAACCUGCACCAUGGCACCAGCAAUGUGCGCCAUUCCUACCUGCUCACCGAGGAUCAUCGCCACUUCGAUGCCCAGUUCUUCGGCAUCAAGCCCGCCGAGGCCCAUUGUAUCGACCCUCAGCAGCGCUUACUCAUGGAGACCGUCUAUGAAUCGCUCGAGUCAGCCGGGUUGCGACUGGAAGAUCUGCGUGGCUCCGAGACCGCCGUCUAUGUGGGUCUGAUGUGCGGCGAUUAUGCUGAUAUUGUGGUACGGGAUCCAGAGUCUUUCCCCAUGUACCUGUCCACCGGUACCGCCCGGAGUAUCAUGUCCAACCGGAUUUCCUACUUCUUCGAUUGGCAUGGUCCCUCGAUGACCAUCGACACCGCGUGUUCGUCCAGUCUGGUGGCUGUUCACGAGGCGGUGCAAACCCUUCGUGCGGGCCGCUCGCGCGUGGCCGUGGCUGCCGGAUCCAAUCUGUGUCUGGGCCCGGAGCCCUAUAUCGCCGAAAGUAAGCUGCAGAUGCUGUCUCCCACCGGCCGCAGCCGCAUGUGGGAUAGCCAAGCAGACGGCUACGCUCGUGGAGAUGGUGUGGCAGCGGUGGUUCUCAAGACAUUGAGCGCGGCUCUGGCCGAUGGCGAUCACAUCGAAUGUGUGAUUCGCGAAACGGGCGUGAACCAAGACGGACGCACCCGCGGUAUCACCAUGCCCAGCUCCGAGGCCCAAACUCGCCUGAUUCAGGACACCUACGCCCGCGCGGGCCUCGACCCCCUGAAGCCUGAGGAGCGUUGCCAAUAUUUUGAAGCCCACGGAACUGGUACCCCGACCGGAGAUCCUCUAGAGGCUGCUGCCAUUCGGCAGGCUUUCUUUCCUGGCGAGAAUAACCAGGAUCGUGGCCGUCUCUUUGUAGGAUCCAUCAAAACCGUGGUCGGUCAUACGGAAGGAACGGCUGGCUUGGCGGGUGUGCUCAAGGCGUCGCUGGCUCUACGCAAUAGCACAAUUCCUCCCAAUCUCCUGUUCAACCAGCUUAACCCCCAAAUCCAACCAUUCUAUACCAAUCUGGAGAUUGCCACAGCCGCCAAACCAUGGCCGGAGCUGCCCGCCGGUGUUCCUCGUCGUGCCAGUAUCAACAGCUUUGGCUUUGGAGGCACUAACGCCCAUGCGAUCAUCGAGGCCUGCGAGCCUGCGAUUGCCGCUCCUUCUAUCUCGACAGAGACUGACAUUGGUUUCACUCCAUUUGUCUUCUCCGCCGCAUCCGAGAGUGCACUACGACGUAUGUUGGAGUCCUACGCCCAGUACCUGAGCAAAAACCCGACUAUCAAGGCCCGCGAUCUGGGAUGGACCUUACAAGCUCGCCGUUCACGAUUCCCCUUCUCGACCGUCAUCUCAGGCGCAACCACUGAUCGGCUCCGGUCCAACCUCGAGACACGAUUGAAUGGUACCGAUGCCAAACAACCACUGACCAUCGUGCAGCAAGAGUCCCGGCCAGAGAAGCCUUGUAUUCUGGGCGUCUUCACCGGUCAGGGAGCACAAUGGGCAACCAUGGGCCGGGCCUUGUACCAGUCGCCUCGGGUGCGCCAAAUCAUUCAGGAGCUGGACGCCUCUCUGCAGGCGCUCCCUAUUGGUGACCGGCCUAGCUGGACUUUGGCCUCCGAGCUGACCGCCGAUGCAUCGGUGUCUCGCAUCAAGAAGGCGGAAAUCUCGCAACCCAUGUGCACGGCGGUACAAGUAGUCCUGGUCCAGUUGCUGCAAAGCGCUGGUGUUGUUUUCGACGCUGUGGUUGGACACUCGUCGGGCGAAAUCGCUGCCGCGUAUGCUGCAGGAUUCUUGUCUGCAACGGACGCGAUUCGCAUUGCGUAUUACCGUGGACUAUGCGCACAACUCGCUCAGGGUGCUCGUGGCCAGAAGGGUGCAAUGAUGGCCGUCGGUACAGGGAUGGAGGAUGCGCAGGAACUCUGCGCCGAGCCUGAAUUCCGUGGCCGUCUGUCGGUGGCGGCCGUCAACUCGUCGGCCAGUGUCACGCUUUCCGGUGAUGCCGAUGCCGUUGCGCAAGCCAAGGAGAUUCUCGAUGAAGAGAAAAAGUUCGCCCGGGUGUUGGUCGUGGACAAAGCCUACCACUCCCACCACAUGCAGGCUUGCUCAGAACGUUAUCUCUCCUGUCUGGCGAAAGCACGUAUCGUUGCUUCAGCGCCGACCGAAACCAAAUGCGUUUGGUGUUCUAGCGUCCGCGCGGGUCCAGUCACAGAGGCUGACUUGGCGGAUCUCACGGGUCCCUACUGGAAUGACAACAUGGUCAACCCGGUCUUGUUUGCACAAGCCGUCGAAUCAGCCCUCACUGCCCGGGGCCCAUUCAACAUGGCCGUGGAGGUUGGUCCGCAUCCAGCUCUCCGAGGCCCGGCGCAGCAGACAAUCCAGGACCUCCUGGACACAUCUUUGCCGUACACCCCCACUUUGCAACGUGGGCUGAAUGAUGUGGAGGCAAUGGCAGAGUGCCUGGGCUUGUUGUGGCAGGGACUUGCCCCCGGAUCUGUGGAUCUCUCGAGUUACUACACAUUUAUAUCGCAGGGGCCGGUCCCUCGUGUGCUCAAAGAUCUUCCUGGAUAUGGCUGGGAUCAUGACCGUGUGUUUUGGUAUGAGUCGCGGGUGUCUCGCGCGACACGUCAACGCACUGCAGCCAGCCAUCCAAUUCUCGGGACCCGCUGCCCCGAUGGGGUUGAACAGGAAUUCCGCUGGCGCAACUUCCUUAGUCUAAAGGAACUUCCCUGGCUGACGGGCCAUCGCAUUCAAGGCCAGAUCAUCUUCCCCGGUGCCGGGUAUAUCUCAGCAGCCGUGGAUGCUGCUCGCGCCAUGUCUCGCAAUGAGUCCAUUCAGUUGGUGGAACUUCAAGAGCUACUAAUUCGCCAAGCCAUUGUCUUUGAGGAUGAAAAUGCUUCGGUGGAGAUUCUCGUCUCCAUCACCGACGUGACCCACCACUCCAAGGACAUAGUCCGGGCCCAGUUCUCAUUCUACUCCGCCGUGGGGAAGGAGUCGACGCAAAUGACCUUGAACGCCUCGGGCCGUCUUGCAAUUACUUAUGGCCCGACCAGAAAGGAUGCCCUUCCCAUGCAGCGUCCUUCUCUCGUAGAUAUGGUCGAUGUGCCUAGCGAGCGAUUCUACAAUGCAUUGGAUCCCUUGGGAUACAGCUAUACCGGGCGUUUCCGAGCCUUGAAGUCGAUGCAGCGCAAGCUGGGUAUUGCUACCGGUCUAGUGACGCGACAGGAGGCAGCCGACUUGGCGAAUGUCACGCUGGAUCCGGCGAUGCUGGAUGCGGCCAUCCAGGCUGUGUUGCUCGCAAAGAGCUUCCCCGGUGAUGGUGAGCUCUGGUGUUCGCAAGUGCCCAAGGUGAUUCAUCGUAUUGCUGUUAAUCCGGCCCUAUGCGCUCCGUCUGGCAGCGGCAACGAGUCCACCUUUCCUUUGGACGCAGUCCUCACCAUGAUGAAGGCGUCUGACACGCAAGGUGACGUCGAUGUUUACUCUGCCGACGGACAGUACACUAUGACGCGCAUGGAGGGUAUCCAUGCAGUUCCAUUGGAAGCCGCCAAUGCGGAUCGGGAUCGACCCUUCUUCAGCGGUGUUGUCUGGGGCCCAGCAGCUCCGGAUUCGCAGACCGUCAACUUCGACGCCGCUGCUACCGCGGAGGAGUAUGAAUUGGCUUAUGUCCUCGAGCGAGUGGCGACGUUUUACUUGCGAAAAAUUCACCUUGCCUUCCCCAUGGAUCAUUCUGCCCGGCAUGACGGGCCUUAUGUGGGGCUGCUCAACUAUGCAACGCAUGUAACCCAGCAGGUGGCUAGUGGUCAUCAUCGGUACACCCAACCCCACUGGGCCCGAGAUACCCUGGCCCUUAUUAAGUCUGAAAGCCAGCGAUUUCCCGACAACGUUGACCUAGCAGUCAUGCACAUCAUUGGCGAGCAUAUGGUCGAUGUAAUCAGCACUCGAGCCACCAUCCUGGAAUACCUGACCAAGGAUAAUUUGCUCAGUCGGUACUACGAGCAAGCCAUGGGUAUCGGUCAUUUCAGUGACUACCUUGCCAGUGUGGUCGAACAAAUUGUUCACCGGUACCCGCAUAUGAAGGUUCUGGAGAUUGGAGCCGGUACUGGUAUGGCCACCAAAAAGGUGAUUCAACGGGUCGGACACAGCUUCGGCAGCUAUACCUUCACCGACAUUUCGAGUGGCUUCUUCGAAAAUGCUCGUGAGAUUUUCGCCAGUCAUCAGGAUCAAAUGGUGUACAAGGUCUUGGAUGCGGAAAAGGACCCUGUGGCUCAAGGAUUCCCAGAGCAGUCAUACGAUCUCGUUGUCGCCUCUUUCGUGCUUCAUGCAACCAGCCAUCUCGAGACGACUCUGCGCAACCUCCGCCGUCUUUUGAAGCCCGGUGGCUAUGUGGUAAUGCUGGAGGUCACUAAUCUGGAGCAAAGUCGCCUUGGUUACAUUUUCGGUUCCCUGCCUGGUUGGUGGUUGGGUGCCAACGAUGGCCGUAUUUUGUCUCCCUGUGUUCGUACCGAAGAAUGGGAUCGGCUACUCAAGCUGACGGGCUUUUCUGGUGUUGAUACUGUCACAUCUGACGCCGAUGCCCUUCCAUAUCCUGCUUCUGCAAUCGUUUCACAAGCUGUCGAUGAAACAGUGGACUUCCUUCGCAAUCCGCUCGGUACCUCGAGCGAUCUUGUGAAUCGUGCCACCCCGGUUGUACUCAUCGGCGGGGCUUCAAGCCCCGUACGUGUGGUUCGAGACCUCGUCAAACAGCAGCUUGACACUCGCUUCGAUCGAGUACAGGUUGUUGAUCAUUUCGCUGAUCUAGCGGCUAUGUCGCCCGCCCUAUCCAGUGGACUUCUUACGCUGAAUCUGUCGGACUUGGACGAGCCCGUUUUCCAGAACAUGACAACAGAUUCUCUUGCUGCAUUGAAGCUGCUAUACGAGCGCUCAAACCACGUCCUUUGGGUUACAGAAGACGCCCGUGCUGGCAACCCGCACCAGAAUCAGAGUCUCGGCUUCGGUCGCUCCAUGAUGGUUGAGAUGCCCCAUGUACAGUCACAGUUUUUGGAUCUCGAUCGAAUCACGGAGACGUCUAGUGUUGCUUCCAGAAUUGUGGAUGCCGCCCUGCGCUUCAUUGGGGUGAAUAUGCCCGAUCGUGGUGGCGAGGCUGCCAGUGCUGAUCUUUUGUGGUCUACCGAGCCCGAAAUUGCUGUUGUCGGUGGCCAGGAAUUGUUGCCCAGGAUCAAGCUAAACCGGUCUCAGAAUCUGCGAUACAAUGCCUCCCGUCGUGCAAUUGCGGAAGAUGUUGACAUGGACCAGAAGUCUGUCCAGCUCGUGCGUAAUGGGAACACAUACGCUUUGGAGCAGGGGUCGACAUCUGGAUUCGGGAAACAGACUCCAGGAUACACCAGGAUCCGUGUGGAGGUGUCCUCACUAAGGGCUCUGCGUCUUCGAAAGGGAAAUGACUUGUACCUUGUCGCUGGUACGGUUCUGGCUACAGGGGAGAAGGUUAUUGGCUUUGCCGAUAAGAAUAGCUCCAUUGUGGACAUUCCUCCCAGCUGGAUGAUGCAUCGUCCAGAUACAUCCCCAACAGCUCUGAUCCUGUCUAUCCUCGCCCGCCUAGUCAGCCGCGCUAUAGUCUCCUCCAUUGCUUCAGGUGGAGCUUUGGUGGUGGCAGAGCCGGAUGAGUUGCUUGCAUCUGUUUUGGAAUGGCAGGCCUCUCAGCAAAAGAUCCGCGUUAUCUUUGCCACGACUCGGCGAAAUGCACCUGAGCGCCCAAAUUGGGUUGUGCUUCAUUCUCAAGUCCAUGCUCGCUCUUUGCACAAGCUUGCGCCCACUGAGCCCGUCACGAUCCUGGACCUCUCAUCAGGCGAAGAGCCCAGUGCGCUGGCUCUCAAGUUGCGCGCCUCGCUACAUCCAGCCUCGGUCUUUGAACGACUGACAUCCUGGUUCAGUGAUCACGCCCAGCAUGGCGAGGUUCACAUUCCUGCUGAAGCAAUGUUGACUAUAUCUAGACCUCCUAUGAGCCCCCCGGCUUCCGAAAAGGUCAUUGCAAGCCACUCUUUCCCUGUCACAGAGGCUACGCAGAUUUCCGCAGCGGGAUCUCCGUUGACGGUAGUGGACUGGCAGUUGGCCUCCCACAUUCCUGCCCUGAUUCGCCCGGUGGAUCACUAUCCCAUGCUGAAGGCUAACAAGACAUACUGGCUAGUCGGACUCACCGGAUCUUUAGGAUUAUCUCUUUGUGCAUGGAUGAUCCAGCAAGGAGCUCGGAAUGUGGUUCUGACUAGUCGAACCCCGAAGAUUGACCCGAUCAUUCUUCAGGAGCUGAGAUCAUCUGGUGCACGUGUGGAGAUCUACGCCGGUGAUGUGACCAACCGGGAGAGUCUGCGUGGUGUUUAUGAUCGCAUCUGCCAGACUCUCCCCCCUGUAGCGGGAGUGGCCCAAGGCGCUAUGGUUCUCAUAGACACGAUGAUCAAGGACAUGGAUAUUGACGCCAUGCAGAGGGUUCUGCAACCGAAGGUUGUCGGCAGUAUCAACUUGGAUGAACUCUUCUCGGCCGAGCGCCCUCUCGACUUCUUCAUCUUCUUCUCGUCCGCAACAUGUGUUACUGGAAACAUCGGGCAAUCCAACUACGCUGCAGCGAACAUGUUCAUGACCGGUUUGGCGGCCAAUCGUCAACGCCGUGGACUCGCAGGAUCCGUCAUGAACAUCGGUGCCAUUAUGGGCGUCGGAUACGUCACCCGCGAGACUAGUGAAGCCCUCCAGCGCAAUCUGUUGAAGAGUGGUCACGUUUGGAUGUCCGAGCAAGACUUCCAUACGAUCUUUGCCGAAGCCAUCUUAGCCGGUACGCCUGGAUCCGACGCAAAUGUGGAGAUUACUUGUGGUUUGAGAAUCACGAAUGCUUCCGAGGAACAACGGCCGCUGUGGUCCUUCAACCCGCGCUUCCAGCAUCUUGUCGUCAUGGAGGACCAGGUGGAGGAAACAGAUGGACAGGACAAAAAGGGGAUGUCUCUAAGAUUCCAGCUGCACGAGGCUCGCACGGCAGACGAUAUCUAUGAGGCCGUUAAAGAUUGCUUCAUUGCCAAAUUGCAGAUCAUGCUUGGACUGGAUGAUGCAGCGACCAAUUCGAUCACGGGCAAGGCAGCGGAUGAUUUGGGAAUUGACUCGUUGAAUACCGUCGAGAUUCGUUCCUGGUUCCUCAAAGAGAUGAAGGUCGACAUUCCCGUCUUACGCAUUCUGGGUGGUGCUACUAUUGGAGAGAUCAUCAAGUUUGCCUUGGAGAAGCUGCCAUCCGAAAUGACUCCCAGCCUGGGUUCGGCCCCAGCUGCGGGCGCUGCUGCUGCUGCUUCAAAGGCUGCAUCCCAACCCAAGUCCAAGCCGAAGGUGGUUGUGCAGCGACGAAACAUGCCUAGUCUUGAGGAUAAGAUUGUCCGCCCCGCUGCGUCUCGCACGGAUUCCAGUGCCACCGGUACCUCCAAGUCGGUUUCGCCCACACGGUCGGCGGACGCAUCCUCCUCACAGACUAGCGAGGCGACCAGUCCUUCAAUUCACGUGGACGAAGCGACGAAGCCUGUCGUGAGCUCAAAUUUGGCCAGUGUCCCUGCUCUCGUCAAACAGCAGACACCCAGCACAGCUGUUCUCUCGGUCCGCAAGGAACCAUUGUCUUUUGGUCAGUCUCGCUUCUGGUUUUUGAAGCUCUACCUCGAAGACCAGACUACCUUCAAUAUUACCUGUCUGUUGCGGAUGACAGGACCUCUAUCUGUUGAUUCUCUGUCUCGCGCUGUUACCGCCGUCGGACAGCGUCACGAAGCCCUCCGAACAUGUUUUACUGUCGAAGAUGGACAAUCGCCGGUGCAGACUAUUCUGCCAGAGGCUACGCUGGAGCUGGAGCGCCAGCAAUACCGGACUAUGGCUGAUGUCAAUGCAGCGACAAAGAAGUUGACCCAGCAUGUGUACGACCUCGAAUCUGGCAAGCUUAUGCGAGUCAUGUUGCUCUCCUCCACGUCCGACAGCUCUGUUCACUAUGUUCUCAUUGGCUACCAUCACAUCAACAUGGACGGAGUCAGCCUAGAGGUCUUCCUUGCUGACCUCGAAAAAGCCUAUCAGGGCCAAGCCCUCAGCUCUGACCUUCUGCAGUACCCCGACUAUGCUGCCAAACAACGCCAGGAACGCAACCAAGGGGCGUGGCAGGAGGACCUAACGUUCUGGAAGAAUGAGAUCAAGGGCAGCAAUUUGGAGUUUCCCCUUCUGCCUCUGGCCUCUGUUGCCAGUCGCAAACCUCUAACUCGAUACAGCCAUCACCGUGUCGAGCAGCGCUUGGACGCUAGACUUGGUGCUCAGGUGCGACAGCUGUGUCAGUCUCUUAAGUCGACUCCUUCGCACUUCUACCUAGCUACAUUUUCGGCUCUGCUGGCCCGCCUCACUCAGACCCGUGAAGUCUGGGUGGGCAUGGCGGACGCAAACCGCAUCCAGGCCGAAACUGCUGACAGUAUCGGAAACUACCUGAACCUUCUGGCUCUUCGCAUGCAAUACGAUCCCGACGAGCCGUUUGCAGCGAGUGUGCAGGCGGCACGCAAGAAGGUCUACGGAGCAUUGGCGCACUCGCGCGUUCCCUUUGAUGUUGUGCUCUCGGAGCUGCAGGUGCCUCGGUCGUCCACUCACAGUCCGCUCUUCCAGGUCUUCAUGGACUACCGUCAGGAUGUCCGAGAGAAACGCAUGUUCGGGGACUGCCACUUUGAGGGGGUCGAAUAUGAGAUGGGUCGUACCGCUUAUGACAUUGCUCUCGAUGUGGUGGAUACCGCCGACGAUGGGCCUCUGAUCAUCAUAGGCCUGCAAGAGUCGCUUUACAGCCCCGACGCCGCCCAGAUACUGCUUAAUAGCUUCUUGGCUAUGGUUCGCGCAUUUGCUCAAGACCCGAAGCAGCCCGGAGGUCAUGUUUCUUUGUUCGGGGCGUCUGACCUCGAAAAGGCCUUGACUUUAGGCAAUGGCUCUGUUGUCCCGUCGCAGUGGCCGGCGACACUGUCUCAUCGCAUUGAUGACAUGGCGAAGCAAUAUCCCCAGAAGCUGGCAUUGAAUGACGGUGACAAGCUGCGUCUUACGUUCCAGGAGAUGAGCCAGCGAGCUGACUCGAUCGCGUCUGCUUUGCUGAGUGCCAAUGUCAGCCGCCAACAGCGUGUGGCUGUCUUCCAACACCCAUCCAGUGACUGGAUCUGUUCAAUGCUGGCUAUUCUCCGGGUUGGGGCGACAUACGUCCCUCUUGACCUGCGCUUGGAGAUGGCUCGGUUGCGUUCCAUUGUCAAGGACUGCGAACCAACUGUCCUCCUGGUCGAUGGCCACACUCAAUCGCAGGUACCGGAUCUCAUGCUUACUCGCCCCGCACUGACUAUCAACAUUGGAGAUCUACCACGCACCGCUCCCUUCCCAGUGAUGAAUCGUGCUGCGGCCGAGGACGAGGCGGUGAUUCUCUACACCAGUGGCUCGACCGGAAAUCCCAAGGGGAUUCCACUGACCCAUGAAAACCUUCGGGUCAACAUUGAGGGCAACCAGGCCGAGUUUCAAUUCGGUCCAGAUGACUCUCUUUUACAGCAGAUUGCCUUCAGCUUUGACUUUUCGGUCUGGCAGAUUUUCAUGGCACUCGCCAACGGUGCCUCCCUUUUCAUCGCUCCUGCCACCCACCGUGGAGACCCAGUCGCUCUCAUGGAUCUUGUCGUCCGCGAGGGUAUUACCAUCACUGGCGCCACUCCAUCCGAGUAUCGCAGCUGGUUCCAACAUGGCGAUCUGGCCCGCCUUAAGACCUCGCAGUGGAAAACCGCUGUGAGUGCCGGAGAGGCCAUGACCGCUAACAUGAUCUAUGAUUUCCAAGAAUUUGACAAAGUUGAUUUGAGACUCGUGAACGGAUACGGGCCCACCGAAGCCAGCAUGUCAUCUAACAAGUUUGUUGUGCCUUACCUUACCAACAAGGAUCAUCCUGAGGAGUGGAUGGAGAAGGGAGCUGUCGUGGCAGGCUUCACGGCUCCUAAUUACUCCGUCUACAUUGUGGAUGAAGCCAUGAACCUCCUUCCCAUUGGCAUUCCAGGUCAGAUCCUGCUCGGUGGCCCAGGGAUUGCAUCUGGGUACCUCAACAACAAAGAGCUCUCCCACGCCAGGUUCAUCGAUGAUAAGUACGCCAGUCCUGAGCAGCGGGCCAGCGGAUGGCGCCGGGCGCAUCUGACCGGUGACCGGGGCCGCAUUGGUGCUGAUGGACGCCUGCGCAUCGAAGGCCGUAUUGAGGGCGAUACUCAGGUCAAGCUGCGCGGUUAUCGAAUUGAUCUGCAGGACGUUGAAGCCGCCAUUUCCAAAGCGUCACCUGGUGUCUUCAAGGAGGUGGUCGUCUCGCUCCAUCAAAUGACCCAAGCUCUCGUUGCACAUGUUGUGUUCAGCCAAGAUUAUCCGGAACACAAACGCUCGCAGGCGCUCGAGAUCACGACCCUGGAGCUCCCUCGGUACAUGUGGCCUGCUCGGGUUGUUUCUAUCGAUCAGAUGCCCGUCACUGUUCAUGGAAAGCUGGACCGCAAGGUGCUACAGACCAUGGACCUCCCCGCCGUUGAGCCCGUCAAGCAGGCUUCGACUAUUCAUCUUAAUGAGACACAAGCUCAAUUGGUCAAGCUGUGGGAGGGGGUCAUUUCGAAGGAUAUCCUAGCUGCCCAUCAUAUUGUGGCCGAGUCGGACUUUUUCGCCGUUGGCGGCACCUCGAUGCUUCUGGUCGACCUCCAGCGACAGAUCAAGAGCCACUUCCAGAAGGAGAUAGCCCUUGCAGAGUUGUUCUCGGCAAACACUAUUCAGAAGAUGGCCCUUCUUAUCCAGCCAGAGACAGAGGUCGUUGCUGCACCCGCCGCUGUAGAUGUCGCUCUGCCCUCCUCUCCAUCUCCUGCAGCUUCGACUACGGCUUCUCCGCCACACCUAACUACGAUUGACUGGAGCGAGGAAGUGAAGCUGCCCAAUGCCCUGCGUGAGCAGAUCAGCAGCAGCACGACAGUAUCUGUGCCUAUGAAGAGCUCUGGUUUACGCAUUGUUCUGACUGGUGCUACGGGCUUCAUCGGCCAAGCUCUCCUUCAACAGCUGACUGCUAACCCGGCCAUCAGCACAAUCCACUGUGUUGCCGUGCGCAAUCCGUCCGCCAUCCCUGCUCACGACAAGAUCCUUGUUCACGCCGGUGACUUGACUCAUACCAACCUGGGACUCGCCCCAGGCGAAGCGCAAGCCAUCUUCCGCGAAGCCGACGCCGUCAUUCAUAACGGGGCAGAUGUCAGCUUUAUGAAGUCGUACCGCUCCCUGCGACGCACGAACGUGGAAUCGACUCUCGCCCUGAUCCAGAACUCUGUUUCCCGCCAGAUUCCCUUCCACUACAUCUCGUCCAGUGGGAUUGCUAACCUGGCCGGCACGACUACCUUCGCCGAGGUGUCGGCCGCCACUUUCACGCCCCCAACUGACGCGAGCCAGGGCUAUCUGGCGACCAAAUGGGCGUCUGAGCGGCUGCUGGAGGAGGCGCACCGCGAAUUCGGUCUGCCUGUAUACAUCCACCGGCCUUCCAGUGUGACAGGGAGCAACGCGCCUCCCCUGGAUCUGAUGGACAAUCUCAUGGCCUACGCUCGUCGUCUUCAGGCAGUACCCAUGCCCGAGCGGUCAUCGUGGAAGGGGUACCUGGAUUUCAUUCCCGUGGAGCAGGUCGUGCGUGACGUCGCGGGAGACGUGCUCUCUGCUGCUGGAACGGAUUCGUCGGCGCGGUCGAGCAAGGUGCACUACAUCCAUCACCUUGGGCGCCAGGUCUCUUUGACUGGGGUGCAGACAUACCUUGAACGGGAGACCGGAGCUGUGUACCGUGCAUUGAAGAUGGGCGAGUGGCUGGAGGAGGCUACACAAGUGGGAAUGGAUGCGUUGCUACGCGCGUAUCUGGAGAUUGCCGAAUAUAUGUAA